AUGAACCUCCGAAAAGAAGCGGAGACGCAGCCGCAGUCGCCCAGCGCCAGCACGAGGACAUCCACUCCAAAAAGCCAGGCAAGCGAUUCACAAAGCACACCCCGCCGCUCCAGUCGCAAGAAAUCCUCAGAUGCCCCAGAUACCAAAGCUAGGAGGGUACGCACAGGCUGCCUCACUUGUCGCCAAAGACAUUUGAAGUGCGACGAAGCCGUGGGACGAUGUCUCAAUUGUCGCAAAUCGGAUCGCAUCUGUCGACGUGGUGUCCGUCUCAAUUUCAUUGAUACUCAAACUGUGGCGCCUCCACACAUCAUCGCUCGGCCCCACGGAUCGAAGGUGACAUUUCGAGAUGACUCGCGUUUGAUCGCGUCUCUGUAUGUGGGAGGUUUCGAGAUAUACCCACCCGUUCAGCCAGAGAGUCCUGUUCAAGAGAACCAAGAUUCGCCACAUGACUUUGACUUUAUAGGGGAUGAUGAUUUGACAAAUCUUUUUCAAUCAAUGGCACAUUCGUUUGACCCGCUGAGCUUUGAUAUCCCACACCCAAAUGCAACGGACUUUGUUGGAAGUGAUACUUGGCACCAGUCUCACUUGGUACCAGGAGAUGAACUUCUUCCGCACGGGACGUCAAAUUUUGCGCGAAAACUGGCUGGGAAACAUGAAUAUUAUCCUUUUCUCACUGACCCAGAGCAAGUAUCUCUUCUCAGAACAUUCAUGGAAGAGGUCGGUCCCCGCCUGGAUAUAAUGGAUGAAAUGAACCAUUUUUCCCAGAUUCUUCCGGGUUUUGCCAUUAGUGAGCCCAUAUUGCUCAAGGCAUUUCUUGCGUGUGGUGCGAGACAUCUUUCUAUUGUAGACCCUUCUUACGGGGAUGAAAAAGCGACACAUUAUUAUGACGCAGCUACUCGGGAUCUUCUGAAUGCGGUACAUGAUCCUAACCGUGACUCUGUACUAUGCGCAACAGCGGCCCUUGCCCUCGGCUUCUCCGAAACCAUGCAAAGCCAAUCAAGCCACAGUGGAAAUCACAGCGCAGGCUCCCGGGCUUUGAUCAGAGAAUGUGGCUGGAAUGCCAAAACCCCUGGGCUGGGUGGAGCAUGUUUCAGGAUCAGCGUCGGCGCAGAACUCCUGAACUGUAUGCGAUAUAAUUGGACAUUGUCUUGGGAUCCAAAUACAUGGGGAAUCGAUAUGGACAUGGAUCAUCCACAAGCCGCAAAUGGAGGCAAUCAAGAUCUAUGGCAUCAUCGGAUACUUUAUAUUUUCGCGAGAGUCAUGACCUUCAAAGCAUCUUCGCGCCCAUCUCACGGUGUGGCGCGGGCUAUCCAGCUCAACGAUCAUGAAUGGAUCACUCACAACAGGUGGUGUGACCAAUGGGCGAAAUCCAUUCCUAGAUCCCUUGUACCUCUUGGUCAUUUGCAGCCAUGGCAAACAAGUUCCAAAUCGGUCUUUCCUGAAGUUUGGCUUGUCAACCGAUCUGCCAUUGUUUCUCAAUUAUUCUACCACGCGACUCGUAUUAUGCUGGCCAAAACACACCCUUUUCAGUCAGAGUUCGAUGAGGAUAUGCGAAAGAUGCAACGCAGCCAUGCGCACGAAAUUUGUGGCAUUAUUGCCUACACCACAGAUCGAAGUGUGGCGGAUAUAUCCCUGUACUUUCUUGUACUCGCUGCAGAGUGCUUAGAAACACGAGAAGCCCAAGAGGAGGUACUCGGCAUCUUUGAUACCAUCACGAAAGUGACUUGCAGCAGUGCUGAACCAAUCAAAAACGAUCUCAAACAAAUUUGGAGCUGGGCCGAAGCUCACCCACACAUGGUGACGCCAGCCCAGAUGCACAACCACUUCUAUGAAUUAGACCCAUCCCUAUCAGUCUCCAAUCACCCGGACUCAUCUCCAAGUCUACACAAUCCCUUGUUGACUAGGGGUGACUUCUCAUUGGAGAGCCACCCGUAUCAAGGAUACUAUGUGCCACCACAUCACCACCAUGCACUCAAUCAGUAUCACUAUGGGUCAUUUGAUCUGAUUUGA